AUGAGAUUCGCUAUCCUGUUUUUCAUCGCUUUGCUAGCUUUGACUCUGGCUAGACCCCACUCCAGUGACAGCUCAGAUUCUGAUGAGCAGCCCCAUAGAGGAAAGCCACAUCAUCAUCAUCACAAGCACCAUCAUCGACACACGCAUCGCCCUCCACCGCCACCACAAACUGUCGCUCCUGUAACCACUGACGGAAGUCCUGUCGUCUCCGAUAUACCAUCUGAUGCUCCCUCUAAUCCGACCGAAUUUGGCCCCAUCGUCACUACAGGAGGUGUAACCACGGAAAUUCCUGAAGUCACAUCAGCUUCUCCCGAAGGAACCGUCGGAAGUGUCUCUGUUGGGGUGUAA